CAAGCAAGCGCAGUACUGCAGCUGCAGUUGCUUGCCAGCAGCCAAAUCUCUGAAUCUAGAAGAGAGAGCAAGAGAGAGAGACUGAGUUUGACCAAACCAAAUCAUAUCCUCGUUUCCUCAUCAUUUAACAAAUUCCACUUUUUAUAGCAUCCAACCCAAGAAAAAGAUCCUACCUUUUUUAUCUUUUGAUUCAAUGAUUCUCUUCCCUAUCUUAUAUAUUACAAACCAGAACCCAGAACCCAGAAUUGAUUAAUCAGUACAUAAAGCAAAAAGUCUUCAGGCCAUAAGUGUGGAAAUGGCUAAUCUUGAUUUUCUUCUUCUCUUGUUUGUUUCGUUUUCUGUAAUAUCUCUUAACAAUGGAGCAAACACUAGCUUUUCUUCCUCUGGCUUAAAUAAUAUAUCAUCCCAAUGUCCCAUGGACCUUAAUUAUAUUUUAAGAAUCCCAUGGAACAAAACUUCUUGCCAAAAUUAUCAGCCAUCGACAAACGACAGUACUAAUCCCCAAAAUGACAUCACUUCCAAAGACCCAUGUUGCAGGACUCUCCUUUCUCUCUUGGGGAUUGGCCUUGCUCAGCAUCUCAAAGAAACUUCUCUUUUUCAGCUUCCCAAUUUGCCCACCUCUAUUUCUUGCCUUCGUGAUUUUCAAAGAAUGCUUAGCUCUCUUUCUUUUUCUGAUAAUAUUGUUUCUUACUGUUUCGAUCCUUUGAAUUAUGUUUUAACUCCUAAUAUAUGUGCCCAUGUGCAGACAACUCAAGAUUGGGUUGCUCAAUUGGGAAAAUCAACUGUACUUGAUUCUGCUUGCAGGCCUGAUCUUGUUGAUCUUACUUCUUGUAGUGCAUGCGUGGCAGCUGGGUUUAAAGUUCAAUCUCAUUUGAUAUUAAUUGAUGGGAAUAAAAGUCAUGCAAUGGAUUGUUUUUAUUUUACAGUUCUUUAUGCUGCUGGUAUUGUUAAUGAAUUUGGUCCUGAAAGUGAUGGUGCUGUUACAUGUAUAUUUGGGUUAGACUUAUAUUCUAAUGUGGGUUCAAGUAAUAAAGGUCACUCUGGUCUUGUUUUUGGCUUGACUGGUGCUGGUGUUGCUGUUCUAGUCAUGUCUAGUUUGUUAGGAUUGUAUUUCUGGUAUGAUAAGAAAGGGAGGAAGAGAAAUAUUCCUGGUUUUCCCUUUGAUUUAGAGGAACAAGGGUCUAGGCCAAAACUGAGGCCAAAUACUGGGUCAAUUUGGUUCAAAAUUCAGGACCUUGAGAAAGCAACAGAUAAUUUUUCACAGAAGAAUUUUAUUGGAAGAGGAGGGUUCGGAUUUGUUUACAAGGGGAAUUUGUCUGAUGGGACAAUAGUAGCUGUUAAGAGAAUUAUAGAAUCUGAUUUUCAAGGUGAUGCAGAAUUUUGCAAUGAGGUUGAGAUUAUUAGUAAUUUGAAGCACCGGAAUCUAGUGCCUCUUAGAGGGUGUUGUGUCGUUGAUGAAGAUGAGGAUCAUGUUGACAGAGGGAGUCAAAGGUAUCUUGUUUAUGAUUAUAUGCCUAACGGGAAUCUUGAUGACCAUUUGUUUCCAUCAUCUGAUAAUCUAAUUGAAAAUAAAUUAUUGACUUGGCCUCAAAGGAAAAGCAUAAUUUUGGAUGUGGCAAAGGGCUUGGCUUAUUUGCAUUAUGGAGUGAAACCUGCGAUAUAUCAUAGAGAUAUUAAGGCAACAAAUAUAUUGCUAGAUGCUGAUAUGAGAGCAAGAGUAGCUGAUUUUGGGCUGGCAAAGCAGAGUAGGGAAGGUCAAUCUCAUCUAACUACAAGAGUGGCUGGGACUCAUGGAUACCUGGCUCCUGAAUACGCUCUUUAUGGGCAACUGACUGAGAAAAGUGAUGUUUAUAGUUUUGGGAUUGUAGUUUUGGAGAUAAUGUGUAGGAGAAAAGCUCUUGAUUUGUCUGCAUCAGGAUCUCCACGAGCUUUCUUGAUCACUGAUUGGGUUUGGUCAUUGGUGAAGGCUGGAAAAGUGGAAGAGGCUUUAGAUGCUUCGUUGUUGAGAGAUGGGGAUUCUUCAAAUUCAAAUCCAAAGGCUAUUAUGGAAAGGUUUGUGCUUGUUGGGAUUUUGUGUGCUCAUGUAAUGGUGGCCUUAAGGCCUUCUAUAUUGGAUGCUCUGAAAAUGUUAGAAGGUGAUAUUGACGUCCCACCUAUUCCUGAUCGGCCGAUACCUCUUAGCCAUCCUUCCUCUUUUGGUGAUGGCAGUGCCUUCACCAUCUCACCAGCAUUAAGUUUUCCACAAUUGCAUAGUGGAGACAUGCUCAGGUAAGCAAGAAAGUUCGGAAUUCUCAUAUUUUGCAUUGCCUAGGUGGAGGUAGAAAAGAGGAGCCAUGUAUAUGAGAUCAUCCCUUUUGUUGAUUCAAGAGAAUGUCUAUGUAGUGACAAUGGAUGUGAUAUAAGAAGUCUUGAACAAAAGAACUGGAUGUUGGUUCAUAUGUGGAUGCAUCUUUAAAGACCUCAUGUUAAGAGCCAAAAAUCUGAGCUCUGAUGUUAAUGCUGAUUGCGCUUCAUAAACAAGAACAACUCAUAUUCUGAUACAUCAAAAGUGGCCUAUGUUACUUUAUUAGCAUAAUUGAAAUUUUGAAGAGGGCUGGGACUUCUUUCACCUCCUACCCAGGAAUGAACUGAUUGACAUUUGAAUAUCUAGAAAGUAGAUGUAAAUGAAGAUUUUAGAUCAACAAUUGCCUAUUAAUUGAAGUUUUUUUUUUUUUUUUUUUUUUUUUUUUUUUUUUUUUUUUUUUUUUUUUUUUU